GAGGGAGCGAAGGAGUUCGCGGCUGCCCUCACGGCUGAGCGGAUCAAGACCCCCCCAAAACGGCCCGGGGGCCGCAGGAGGGGCCGAUUGCCUAACAACAGCAGCCGGCCCAGCACCCCCACCACCAAUGUGCUGGAGUCAAAGGACACAGACAGCGAUCGGGAGGCUGGGGCGGACACGGGCGGGGAGAACAACGACAAGGAGGAGGAGGAGAAGAAGGAUGAGACGUCUAGCUCUUCGGAAGCAAAUUCUCGGUGCCAAACACCAAUCAAGAUGAAGCCAAACACUGAGCCCCCCGAGAGCGUGGAGUGGAGUGGGGCUGAGGCCUCCAUGUUCCGGGUCCUCAUUGGCACCUACUACGACAACUUCUGUGCCAUUGCGAGGCUAAUCGGGACCAAGACGUGCAGACAGGUCUAUGAAUUCAGGGUCAAGGAGUCCAGCAUCAUCGCCCCUGCCCCAGCCGAGGACGUUGACACGCCUCCCAGAAAGAAGAAGAGGAAACACCGGUUGUGGGCGGCCCACUGCAGAAAGAUACAGCUGAAGAAAGAUGGCUCCUCGAACCACGUGUACAACUACCAGCCCUGCGAUCAUCCUCGGCAGCCCUGCGACAGCUCGUGCCCCUGUGUGAUCGCACAGAACUUCUGUGAGAAAUUCUGCCAGUGCAGCUCUGAGUGCCAGAACCGCUUCCCUGGGUGUCGAUGCAAAGCCCAGUGCAACACCAAGCAGUGUCCAUGCUACCUGGCGGUCCGCGAGUGUGACCCUGACCUGUGCCUGACGUGUGGGGCUGCCGAUCACUGGGACAGCAAGAAUGUGUCCUGCAAGAACUGCAGCAUACAGAGGGGCUCCAAGAAGCAUUUAUUGCUGGCUCCCUCGGAUGUGGCAGGCUGGGGCAUCUUCAUCAAAGACCCGGUGCAGAAGAACGAGUUCAUCUCCGAGUACUGUGGAGAGAUCAUCUCCCAAGACGAGGCUGACAGGAGAGGGAAAGUGUAUGACAAGUACAUGUGCAGCUUCCUGUUCAACCUCAACAAUGAUUUUGUGGUGGAUGCAACUCGCAAGGGUAACAAAAUCCGCUUUGCCAACCACUCGGUGAAUCCCAACUGCUACGCGAAAGUGAUGAUGGUCAACGGGGACCACAGGAUCGGCAUCUUUGCCAAGCGGGCCAUCCAGACGGGCGAGGAGCUCUUCUUUGACUACAGGUACAGCCAGGCUGACGCCCUGAAGUACGUGGGCAUCGAGAGGGAGAUGGAGGUCCCCUGA